AUGAGAAAUUGAGGACUGAAAUUAUAGCAAUGACAACUCAUAGAAAGAACCUCGACUCUGUUGGAGUUUACUGAGAAAACUAAUACAAUGGUGCAACAUUGACUGUUUCCUUUUCUUGUUGAAUUAAAUGGAAUACGAGUACAACUGAAAUAAUUCUUCACUAAACCACAACUAUAGUUAAAGCCAAGGCUUCAUAGUGUUCCUUUGAAAAGAAAUUCAUUGGGAAAUUAAUCGGAAUUAAAGAAAAUCAAGUUGUAUUUCUAAAAUCUAUUUGCUUUAGCCUUUACCCAGAAAUUCGUCGUGAAAAGUGAAAAAGCCUGAAACAUCUUUUGUUGAAAUCAAUAGUAACAUUAAAAAACAGAAAACCCUUUUGACAAGAAAAUCCGAAUUAUGAGACCCUUUUGACAAGAAAUCAAUAAAACAAUAAAAAAAAGCCCACUAAAAAAGGUUAAAUUGAUCGAUUCACUUAGAAAUUCAAAUUCCUUUAUCUAACUAAAAACACUCUCUCCCCUGUUAGCUCCACUCAAAAAUCCACCCAUCAUGGCUCCAAUCAAACCCAGCUUUGUUUUUCUAAUCAUCAUCCUUUUAAUAGCCCCAGCCCUAGCCACAAAGCCCCACGUCAUCAAUUUCCGAUGGCGCAACCUCUACCCAGAAGGCAUGGCCUGGGACCCAUCAGCCCAGCACUUCAUCGUGGGCUCCCUAAGCCACCGCUCCAUCCAUUCCGUUUCCGAUGCAGGCGUUAUUGAAACCGUAAUCUCCGAUCCAACCCUCCCAGAAAACGUCACUGUCUUAGGCCUCACCGUAGAUUCCACCAAAAAACGCCUCCUCGCUUGCCUCCACUCCGCUCCUCCUCUCCCUCCUUUUAACGCCCUCGUCGCCUACGACCUCCGCACCCGCCAACGUCUCUUCCUCUCCCUCCUCCCCUCCGACCCCGAUUCCAACAUCGCCUCCAUCGGUCGCGGGAGGGACGUCGCCAACGACGUCGCUGUGGACUUCAAAGGCAACGCUUACGUCACCAAUUCGGUCGGAAACUUCAUCUGGAAAGUCAACGAAAGCGGAGAGGCGUCGAUUUUUUCAAGAUCUCCGGUUUUUAGCCGUUACGCAUCUGUCAUGGAUCAAAACGAACCGUUUAACGAUUGCGGGCUGAAUGGAAUCGCUUACGUCAGCAAGGGUUAUUUAUUGGUGGUGCAAUCCAAUACGGGCAAGAUGUUUAAGGUUGAUGCUGACGAUGGGACGGCGAGGGUAGUCCUGCUGAACGAGGAUUUGGUAAUGCCAGAUGGGAUAGCGAUAAGGAGGGACGGCGUCGUAUUAGUUGUUUCUACGCAAAAGUUGUGGUUUCUGAAGAGUGCUGAUAGUUGGGCAGAAGGCGUGGUGUAUGACAAAACUGCCCUUGAUGCGGAAGGCUCUGCUACCUCGGUGGUGAUGGGAGAGGAGGAUAGGGUGUACGUGUUAUAUGGGCAUGUGAUGGAGGGCAUAAUGGGGAACGGGGAAGGCAGGGAAAGGUUUGAAAUAGUGGAGGUGAGGUCCGAGAAGGAGAGCGGCGAGGAACAUGUUUGGGUUUUUGUUUUGGUAGGGUUGGGUUUGGCUUAUUUCUUGUUCUGGAGGUUUCAAAUGAGGCAGCUUGUCAAAAACAUGGACAAAAAGAUCAAUUGAUUUGCUUGCCCUUUGUCUCAUUUUUUGUAAUUUAUAUGUAAGACGAUUUCCACAUGCUACUCUCUUUGCACUAAUUCCUUUCAUGAUCUCAAUGCAUUCUCCUACAUUUUUAUUUU